UCAGAAGCCAAGCUCAUCAGUCUACUGUCAGCUUACGUCGGAUCAAGCAUUCAACAUAAGUGGUAUUUUAAAAUAUACGAUAUGAUUAAAAGAAAGUAACCAUGACAUGACUGUUAUAAGAAAUUUUAGGCAAUUUUAAGUUUUUAUUUAAAUUAACGAAAAUAAUGUCUUGUUUCUAAGAUGAACAUAAAAAAUCUGUAGAGUUACUUACGUAUUUCUUAGGAUAAGAAGACACAUCGAAUAAUUGUAAUAAUUAUAUAAAGUAUAGUACAAAUGACAUUUUGUAAUUUCAAAAUAAAUAAGUGUAAAAUAGAAGUAGUUAUUGUUUCACUAACUAACAGCAUUAAAGAAUAACGUCAUUGAUAUACAUAAAACAUUAGGGCAACACUAUCUGUUUUUGUCAUUACUGUCAAAACAAAUUAGUUUUCGAAGUUCGAAGUAGUGGAGUGGUUGUUACGUGUGUUUAUCAAAAAUAAUUUCGUUAAAAUGAAUAAAUGGUGGAAUUGGGUACUGGGGUUCGCGUUAUUCUGCCUGUUAUUUGUUGCAAUACCUAUUUCACUGUCGCGGCAGAAAUCUGUGGAAGAACUUAAGCCUAUGUUCGAUGAUUACAUUGCAAAGUUCAAUAAAAGUUAUGCGACUCCAGAAGAAUAUUCGGCGAGAUUUCAACAUUUUGUUGCAUCAGUGCAAGAAAUAGAGCUUCUAAAUGCAGCGUCAAGAGGACCAGACCACUGCAAAGCAAAAUAUGGACUUACAAAACUAUCAGACAUGUCAAAGACUGAAUUUAAAGAACAGCAUUUAGCUGAUGAAAAACUUAUGAAGCCGCCUAAAUCUUAUGGCAGGAGACGAGCUCGUGAUGGCAAAUCCAGGAAAUAUGAUGAUGAUGAUGAUGAUGAUGACAAACCCUGCUCCAAUAGUCCUCAUGACAAUAUUUAUGUGAUCAUCAGGAAGAAACGGGCUGCACUACCGUUACAGGUAGAUUGGAGAACCAAAGGUGUGAUAGGUCCAGUGCAGGACCAGGGUCUAUGUGGAGCGUGCUGGGCGUUCAGCACUGUCGGUACCAUCGAAGCCAUGGCCGCCAUCAAGACAGGCAAGCUGGACAAACUUAGUGUGCAAGAGGUAAUAGACUGCGCAGGUUUGGGUAACAGUGGGUGCGCAGGCGGCGAUAUCUGCCUGCUCCUUGAUUGGCUGGUGAUGACUGACGCUGUGGUUGAGAAGGAAGCGGAGUAUCCUCUCCGUCUCACUGACGGAGCUUGCAAAGCUAAGAAAAAUACCACCGGAGUCAAAGUCAAGACAUUUACGUGUGAUGACUUCGUGGGUGCCGAAGACCAGAUUCUAAGCGCGCUGGCGACGCAUGGACCGGUCACGGUGGCUGUCAAUGCUCUCACCUGGCAACACUACCUCGGCGGAGUCAUACAGUUCCAUUGCGGCGGCUCACCGAUGGAACUGAAUCACGCAGUUGAAUUAGUUGGCUACGAUUUAUCAGCCGAUGUUCCCUUCUACAUAGCCAAAAACUCGUGGGGCAAAGAUUUUGGCAAUGCCGGGUACUUGAAUCUGGCUAUUGGCACUAAUAUCUGUGGACUGGCAAACGAAGUGGCCACCGUGGACGUGGUCUAAACAGUGAGAUGUUUUUGAGACAUUUUUUGUGUAGUUAGAUAGUAAUUUUGAUAGUCAAAUGUGUAUAAAGUUUUAGCCUAAUGUUAAUUGUGGUCUUUGUAGGGUGUAAAUGGUAUGCUCCCAAAAUGUUAGCAAAAAGAAUUUUUUUUUACAAUUCAUAGGUCUUAGUACGAGUUUGUUUUACGCUUAAAGUAAUCGUAACGAGUACG